CCCCAAACACGCACGUCCGAUGACACCCUGCUGAGCGCUAAUAUUUGGCAAGUGCAAUAAUCAACGCAUCUUAUUGAGGAGGACCCUUACCCCACCGGCACUCCCCGAAAGCCGAGUAUAUAAAGUCCAGCUGCGUAUGGCAGGCAGUCCUCUCUCCUCCUGUGUCCAGCCUCGUCGGUCUUAGCCACUCCCGCCGUCAGAACAUCCCAUCUUCGCGGAACGAUCUCUCUUUCUUCUUAGUAUCCGCAGACAAGUCGACCACCCCGUACUUACUAUCUGCCGUUGUGGCCACGUUGGAGCGAUCCAAUGCAUUGGAUGCACGCCUCCGUGCGCCUGGGAGGCAUCCUCUGCGGUCUUGCUGUCGUUGUCGCACCCGUGGAAGGAUAUGGACGAAUUGGGCACUGGCUGACGGGUCAAAUCGCACAGAAGCUGCUCACCAGCGAGGCCGAAGCAUGGGUUCGCUUCUUGUUGCCCGACUAUGACGGAAGCUUGGCGAGAGCCAGUCUUUGGGCGGAUGAGAUUCAUCUCCCGUGGGCGUCCAAGUAUCAUUACGUCAAUCCGCCGACCGGAGACAGUUGCACCGCUAACUUCCCUGCACCGUCGCCAUCGUCGCCGUGCACAUGCAUCCUGAGCGCCAUUCAAAACUAUACCCGGAUCACGCAUGUCGGCCCAACUCUGGAAGAUCGCUCCGAAGCCAUCAAGUUUUUGAUCCAUUACAUUGGCGAUGUGCACCAGCCUUUGCAUGUCAGCUCGCGAGGUAGAGGCGGCACGACCGAAACUGUGCGGUUCAAUGGUCGAUCUGGAAUGUCCUUCCAUGAAGUCUGGGACUAUGGACUUCUGGAGCUCCGCGAGAAACGUCUCAAUCACAGUCGCACCUCAUACGCGGACUACCUACUCAGCACCUAUCCAAGCAUGCCCGCAACAUGCGAUCCGUUCCUCGAAUCCCAAUAUUUCGCUUGCCCUGCGCUUUGGGCAACCGAGUCGGCCGCUCUCGUCUGCAAACUUGUCUACCCGGCGCUCCCUCACCACGAACGCUCGGACUUUGUGCACCUUGAUGCAGCGGAGAGAGCUGCUGACAAGAAUGGCGAGAUUCUCAGAGAGGAUGAUCUCGCCGGCGCCUAUUUUGAUGCGGUCAUUGUGCAGGCUGAAGAACGCGUCGUCCAUGCAGGCCGCAGAAUGGCUCAGGUUCUCAAUGCCAUCGCCGCUAGCGCUUCCGUACCUGGUGCUGCCGUCGAGGAAGCAGGCGUAGGCGAAUUUGUGUCACGUAUCACGCAGGGAAGGGUUUCGCCAGGGCGUUUGAUCAAACAGCAGUGAUCACCUAGAGCGGUACUCGUUUCAUUCCUUCUUCUGGUCAUCGUAUCUUCCCCCACUCGCUAUUUGUGACUCUUCUGGUCGAACAGCAUAGAGUUUUGGAUACCCCAUAGCCCUUUUCCUCCGGACACCCUCGCCUGAUGGUUCGCAUCCCUCCUAUUCUUUCUCCUCCUUGUGUUUGGCAAUCCUAUGUGGAUGAACUUUAUCCUGGCACUUGGAAGUUGGAUCUUGAGACUUUAAAAUAAAUCUAGAGGGCAUGGUUGAUUGAAAGGACGGUGGGCAACCUCGCCCCACCUCGCGUUUUAUACCAUUUCCCUGCGGUCCUCACCGCCGCACGUUUUGCGGUGUGGAUGCGAGUCUGGAACGGAUUCCGCCGGCCAAAAACAGUCAAACGGGAAGAAACGCGUU